AUGUCCCACCAACCACUCAGCUGUCUGACUGAAAAAGGAGACAGCCCCAAUGAAAGCACAGGAAAUGGACCCCCUAAUCUGGCUCAUCCAAACCUGGACACGUUCACCCCAGAGGAGCUACUGCAGCAGAUGAAAGAGCUCCUUGUUGAGAACCAUCAGCUGAAAGAAGCCAUGAAGCUAAAUAAUCAAGCUAUGAAGGGGCGGUUUGAGGAGCUUUCAGCUUGGACAGAAAAACAAAAGGAAGAACGCCAGUUCUUUGAGAUACAGAGCAAAGAAGCCAAAGAGCGCCUAAUAGCCUUGAGUCAUGAAAAUGAAAAAUUGAAGGAAGAACUUGGAAAACUAAACGGGAAAGCAGAAAGGUCAUUUGAGCACUCAACUGGUACCUCCAAAGUUCUCAAGGCAGAGCUGGAACAGGAAAUGGAACAGCUAAAGACACAGGUGAUUCGUCUUCAGGCUGAAAAAGCAGAUCUGCUGGGCAUUGUAUCUGAAUUACAACUCAAGUUGAACUUAAGCGGCUCCUCUGAAGACUCCUUUGUUGAAAUCAGAAUGGCUGAAGGAGAAGCAGAUGGGGCAUUAAAAGAAAUCAAGACUAGUCCUCGGCCCACAAGAACUGACUCCAUGAACACGUAUCUCAGUCCUGUGAGGAGCAAAUCUGCAGAAGGAGCCAGGAAUUAUUUGGAAUUUGAGGAAUUAACUGUGAGCCAACUCCUGCUAUGUCUUAGAGAAGGAAACCAGAAGGUGGAAAGACUUGAAAUUGCACUCAAGGAAGCCAAAGAAAGAAUUUCAGUGUUUGAAAAGAAAGCAAAUGAUUAUUCUGAGAUUGAGACCCAGACUGAGGAGAGCACAGAAGCAGAGAAAGAAGAGGAGAAAGGCACGGAAACUGUUGGAAGUGAAGUGGAAACACUGAACCUUCAGGUGACAACCCUGUUUAAAGAGCUUCAAGAGGCUCAUACCAAACUCAGUGAAGCAGAGCUAAUGAAGAAGAGACUUCAAGAAAAGUGUCAGGCCCUUGAAAGGAAACAUUCUGCAACCCCAUCAGAGUUGAAUGAAAAGCAAGAACUUGUAUAUAAUAACAAAAAGCUAGAGCUACAAGUGGAAAGCAUGAGAUCAGAAAUCAAAAUGGAACAAGCCAAAACAGAGGAUGAAAAGGCCAAAUUAUCCACUCUACAGUUGACACACAGCAAGCUUCUUCAAGAACACAGUAAUGCAUUGAAAACAAUUGAAGAACUAAAAAUAAAAGAGUCAGAAAAAGUGGACAGGGCAGUGUUGCAGGAACUAAAUGAAAAACUGGAAUUGGCAGAGAAGGCUCUGGCUUCCAAGCAGCUUCAAAUGGAUGAGAUGAAGCAGACCAUUGCCAAGCAGGAAGAGGACCUUGAAACCAUGGCUGUCCUCAGGGCCCAGAUGGAGGUUUACUGUUCUGAUUUCCAUGCUGAAAGAGCAGCAAGAGAGAAGAUUCAUGAAGAAAAGGAGCAUCUGGCAUUGCAGCUGGCAAUUUUGCUGAAAGAAAAUAAUGCUUUUGAAGAUGACGACAGGCAGUCUCUGAUGGAGAUGCAGAGCCGUCAUGGGGCCAGAACAAGUGACUCAGACCAGCAGGCUUACCUUGUCCAAAGAGGAGCUGAGGAUAGAAACUGGCGGCAACAGCAACAAAGGAAUAUUCCGAUCCAUUCUUGCCCCAAAUGUGGAGAAGUUCUGCCCGACAUAGAUACGUUGCAGAUUCAUGUUAUGGACUGCAUCAUUUAA